UCCCUUGCAAACCCGGGAUGCUGUGAACCCUCCGUUUCUCCCACCACCAACGUCCCGGCCGGCCCCCCUUUUAAGCCAAGCACUACCAGGUUACCAGCAAGGCAGCAACCUCAGUACUGCCCUCACUCUCUUUCCAUGCACAGUUCCACGCCAAGAACUUUACACGGCAUUGCCCACACGCUGCGCUAAACCCGCUUGAUCAACUCGCCAUAGCCAUGGGAGCCAGCCUGAGCCUCGUGCCGCUCAUCGACUACUUCGCCCGCCGCGAGUUCCUCGCCGCCGGCCUCCGCCCGAACACCGCCACGCUCCCUUACCCCGACGGCGGGCCCUCGGCGAGCUGCACCGUGCACUACUGGGCCCCGCCGGGGGAGCCGCGGCUCCCGCCGCUUCUGCUCGUCCACGGCUUCGGCCCCCGGGCCACCUGGCAGUGGCGCUGCCAGGUGGGCCCGCUCUCCCGCCGCUUCCACCUCAUCGUCCCCGACCUCCUCGGCUUCGGCGGCAGCUCCUGCGGCUCCUCCUCGGCCGCGCCGCCGCCGCCGUCGGAGGCCACGCAGGCGGCGGCGCUGGCGGCGCUGCUGGACUCGUUGCCGGGGCUGAAUUCCAAGGAUGAUAGUGGUAAGAUCAAGCGGGUGGCCGUGGCCGGGACGAGCUACGGCGGGUUCGUGGCCUACUGGCUUGCGCGUGCCGCCGGGGAAGCGAGGGUGGGCCCCGUGGUGAUCGCGAGCUCCGACCUGCUCAAGACUGCCGCGGACGACCGCGGGUUCCUCAAGAGGGCCGGGGACGGGUGGGGCGGCGUUCACGAGCUGCUCCUGCCGGCCCAGCCGGCCGCCAUGCGCAGGCUCAUGGAGAUGGCCGUGUACCGCCCGCCGCCGCCGCUCAUGACGCCCGACUUCGUCCUCCGGGACUUCAUCCAGAAACUUUUCACGGACAACAGGGAGCAACUUAUCCAUCUUCUCAAGGGGAUCACUGUCGGCACGGACAAGUUCCAAGUGACACCAUUAUCUCAGGAAGUGCUGAUUGUCUGGGGCGAGCACGACCAGUUGUUCCCAGUAGAGAAGGCCUUUGCAAUUCAGAGGUCUUUGGACGGGAAAGCUAGAGUGGAGAUCAUAAAGAAGACGAGCCAUACUCCACAGCUCGAGGAUCCGGCCCGGUUCAACAAGAUCUUGCUGGACUUCUUGCAGGCCGCUGACGCGCCAGCUGACCCUGCUUGCAUCAAAGGCAGCUCGCAAUGAGAUCAAUAUGGCCCAUUUUUCUUUUCCUUGUUGUAAUUUGUUGCUCAGCCCAUUCAGAGCUAGCACUCCGCUGUGUAGUGUGCACACCUAAUUAUUUGACGACAAUAAAUACCUGCACAUUGUUUCCUAAUUUAGCCUUGUACAAAUAUAUUCCUUCGAUCCUAAA